AUGGCGGGACCCCGAAAGAUCUCGAUUUACGACUACCCGGAGCACCUGAACCCAUUUCGGGAAGACGACAACCACAACAAGAUCAGGUUUUGGACGAUCGGAAGAAAACUCAGCCGAUCCAAUAGCAUCACUUUUAAGGACAUUAGGAACUCUUGGUCUUUGAGGUCGUUUAUGAAGAAAGGGAAAAAAGAAAAAUCGGACGGAAAAUCAAGUAUCCAACAAAAUGGCGACAAUAGUCCGAUUGUGUACAGGCGGGCGUUGCAAUACUCGACAGCGUCGACGGGCGCACGCAGCACCGUGAGCUCGCCGGAGCGUGCGGACCGCUACGUUUACGGCGGCUCGGUCACGCCACUGCCGCGCUCGCGCUUCCAAGAGCGCCUGCGCAGCCCUAGUCAGCACGAAGUCAAUUCAAUCAACACAACGCCACGGAUGGCGCGCAGUGAUAUAACCGGUUCACGUCUCAGCGUCGAGAGUACGAACCCGUUUGAUGAGGGGCCGGUCCCUCCGGUCCGAGCCUCGAGACGCAAGAAAAAGCGCGCGCCGCUUCCUCCACAAACCAUCGAGGUUUCAGCAGAGCCAACGAUGAAAGAACAAACAGAGUUACGAAUAGCGGAAACAGACGAACAAAAGGUAGAAGAUAAAAAAGUGGAUGAAGAAAUCGAAGAAGUAAAUUUGAACAUUGAGCUCAAAAUCGUAGAAGACGAAGAUGUGAAGACUGAGAAAGUGGAGACCAGUCUCGUAAUAAAUCCAGAUAUCUCCACCAAAGAAAUAAUAACAAGUCCUACAGAUGCUGUCAUUCGAAAAGAAAACGAAGUUGACGUGUCAGGGGAACAGCACGUUGAAAUCAAAGGUAAUGAAACAACCGCUGUAAAAAAUUCAGAUUCGGAAGACGAUAUUUUAAAGAAGGUAUCGUUUCCUAAAAUAGAUAUUAAUAAGUACAGAAGAAAUUCUAGUGUUAAUGACGACGACAUUAGGUUACGACGAGGUAACUUGGAAGAUUUCCAUUCUCUCUCCAACAAAAGGAGCAAAAGUUUAACUAAUGCUAUUGAUGGUUCGUACGUUUGUUACGACGAAAAUUUGAACGAAGAUAAAACAAAAGUCGAUGUGAACAGUAACGAGGAACCUCAGAAAGUCGUCUGCAAACUUUACGAUGAUCCAAGAAAGAAGAGCGUUGAUCAUUCCCUCUCGAGUACAGAAAAUGACUUUAUAGAAAUUGAUAGAGCGACAAGGGAAUUAGAAAGGGAAAUAAGUAAGCUGAAUUCGGCAUUGAUCGAAGAAGAUAUUACUUUGCAAGGGCGGCAGUCAGUUUCGGACAUUAGGCGUAAAUUUGAUAAACCUGAUGUUUCGUCACCAAAUCCAAUACCAAAACCACGAAGAAGUCACUACGGAGACACUCAACCGCCUGUUAAUGGAACCGGUGUGAAUCUACAGCAAUCA